AUGCCACCCAAGAUUCGUGUGCCCCCACGCAGACGUCCAGGUUCAGACCCCGUGAACAACGCGAUCAAGCACUUCAACGACGUGCAAAAGUCCUGCCAAGCUGGGAAAAGAAAGUUGAGUCAAUCAGCAGAAGAGGACUUUACCGACGAGCUCGGUGGAAACGACACGCCCGAGGCUGGCGAUACCGAGUCAACUGAGAUUCGCCAAGACGUCAAGCUUGAGGCAGAAGAGGAACGCUUAACCGCUGAUCCUCCCAUUCAAUCCCUUGAAUACGAUUUCACUGUAGAAGAGAACCCCGAAAAAAUCAAUUAUUGGACUCUCCGCAGACUAAUCAGGAAGGAUUCCAUGUACGACUACCUGAAUUUUGCUGGUUUGGAUUCUGAUCAGAUAAACUUGGUGAUUCCCAUGCUGCGAGAGAAGGAAGUGACAAAUUGGGAUUUGUUCCUGUUUCGAGAUUACAUCAGUGUGACACGUUUGCAGAAAUGGGGAAUACCUGAAGGAAUCUGUGUUUGA